GAAGGACCGAAUCGCAGUGGAGUUAAAAAAACGUGUAAAGGUUGCGGUGCUUCGGAUUACUGAAGGUCGACCGUACAACUAAGACAGACGAUGUAUUUCACCGUGUCAACUAAGUUGAAACUGGUCAACCAGGGGUUGACAGCAUUGUACAACCGUCCUCGUAGUUUUUGUGGUAUAGCCAGGCCAUACAUCAACAGGACAAUGUCCUGCCAUGAACUGACCAGGGCCCCGUCCAGUCCCACUGUCCACUGUAAGAGAUGGCAGUCCAGUGACAAAGACACCUCAGGGUCUAAACCCCCUUGGCAAAUGGGCGAAUCAGUUACCGAGGGAUUUGGUAUAAAAGAGUUUUUCACACAAGAAGGGAGUAAAGGACGUGAAUUUCUGACAAAUGCUGGAAAGUUUGUAGGAGCAGUGUUUGCAUGCUUUGGUGUAUGGUAUGGUUAUCAGGUAUACAGAUGGAAGAGUGGGAAAUCUGUGUCAUCUCUUCUAAUACUGCCAGAAGAUAAAACAGAAUAUAAAAGAACACCUGUACCUGUUACACCUUCGGCGAGCAUCCCGAAGAAAGUUCAACACUUGCUGAUUGGGGGAGGUUUGGCAUCCAUGUCAGCAGCUAAUACCAUCACUAAAAAUGACCCCAAAGCUGAGGUACUGAUGAUUUGUGAUGAGACAAUUCAACCAUACAGGCGCCCCCCUCUCUCCAAAGACAUGUGGUACUACACAGAACAAGACAAUGCAAAGGAACUGCUAUGGCAAAACAACAAGGGGAAAAUGAAUCAUCUUGAAUUUAUCCCCAUGGAGGCCUUCAAGGACAUCACGUCCGAUGAACCUGGAGUGAAAGUAGCCAUUGGACAAAAGGUAACCAGUAUAGACGUGGAGAACCAGAAAGUGUCUCUGCAGGAUGGGACAGAAAUUGCUUAUGACAAAUGCCUUAUUGCCACAGGUGAGACACAAAAAUGA